AUGGCAGCGUCACAAGGAAACUAUCGAGUAGUUGAGCUUCUGCUGGAGGAAGGAGCUGAGAAGAAUCAGAAAGACAGGUGGGGAAAUACUCCCCUCCAAGAUGCUGUGAACGCGAAUCAAGGGCCUGUUAUUCAGCUCCUCGUACAGUGGAAGUCAGAGCUCAAUACCGAGAACUCUUCGGAUAGAUUGUGCAACGCUGCGAGUAUAGGCGAUCUCGACACGCUGAAGCUGAUGCUUGAGCAUGGGCUCAGCCCAAACGUCGGCAACUGUGACCAGCGAACGCCAUUGCACCUUGCUUCCGCUGAGGGACACAACAAGCUCGUCGAGUACAUCCUGAGCAAAGGAGGAGAUGUGAAUGCCCAUGACAGGUGA